AUGUCGGAAUCAACCCCCAAUCCAUCGAAACUUUGCCCGAUUCUUCCUGCUCCAUCGACUGGUAAUCGUAGCAUCGCCUCUAGUAGUCUUGGGAUAAAGCAGUCAUCUCCGGUGACAGCAGCCUGCACAGCAUGUCGAAAGCGUAAAACCAAGUGCAGCGGUGGCCGCCCUGCGUGCACUGCGUGUAUCCGGCGACAUGUGGAAUGCAUUUACGAUAGGGUCCUGGUGAGACACAAGCCAAAGUAUUCAAAUGCAAGUAUAUUUGACGCAAUUCGCUCCCGGUCUGAGGCUGAUGUGGGAGCCAUUGUGAAAAAGAUACAGAGGGGCGAAAACGCAGACGACAUUGCCCAUCCGGUCGAACGCGGCGACUUGCUUCUACAAUCGCUUCUCGUACCCGAGACGGGGUAUCGCUACGAGUUCCCACUUUCUUCGAACCUGCCUCCUUGUCUCCUGCUUCAGUACAAUGUCUAUCUGAAUUCGUUGAUAUACAAGUGGGCUCCUCCAUUACCACUGAGAGAUGCUGCUGCGUCUGGAGCUCCCUCCUCGCAUCAACUGCCGGGCGAUGCGUUUUCUGAAAUUGGCGCCCCAUACUUGAUGCCAGAUUACUUUCUCGAGGACAUGUCCAAGAUGCACGACGAACUGUGCUCGUCUCUACUUGUUAAUGCGCUGCUUUCCCUGUCUUGUAAAUAUUAUCGCGGCCUUGAUGACCGUACCGAGUUUUGGAAUCCUCAAGCCCUAGGUUACCGCUUUUUGGCAGAGGCCAAGAGGCUGUGGGAGUAUGAGAAAGGUCUCGAUAAACUAACGACCAUCCAGGCUGCUCUUGUUUUCCACAUCAUCUACAGCGAAACUGGGGCUGACAAGAUUGGAUACGCCUACACAAUCCAAGCAUGUGCCACUGCCCACAAGAUUGAUCUAUUCAAUCCGACCUCUGUCAUGGAAAAUACCAGGUUACGUGACGCGAGGAAUUACACGGCAUGGGCAUUGUAUAGUUGGCAAAGUAUCAGAUUUACCAAGUCGCGACAAAUAUCGGCUCAGCAGCGCACCAUGUCUCCCGGUGAAGCAGAAAUGGGAGACACUCUCAUCAGGCUCGAGUACGCGGAGAACGAGGUCGACCACUGGGACGGGAAGGGGGAGGAUUUCACAGGGGUGGUCAAGCUGACGAUGACGUUCACCAAGAUCAAGACGGGGCUCGUCUCGAGACACGGGAAAGUAGCGUGGUUCGUGCAGUGUACUUCCCGGGAAGAAUGCCGUGCUGCGUGGCGCGAUUGCCGACAGAUGCUCGGGCAUCCUGUGGUCUGCAUUCCUACUCCCUGGCGAGUGAGCGUCGUCGAUGAGAAUAAGGCGUUGAUUGAGAGUCUUGAUGUCGACUAG